CUCCCUUGGCGGCGGGUCACCUUUCCAUGUUCUAUAGUUUUCAUUCUAUCAAAAAUUUCAAUGAAUCAGUUGCCAUGGAAUUCAUGACAAGAUUCCUAAUGAAGUUUAUGAUUAUGAUGGAGUAUAUAGAACUAAGGGUUUGUUUGAUAAAUCCGCCAAGCUUAAUGAUUUUAUCCUCCAAACAGGAGAAGUCGAUCCAACCAUACCUGCUAAACAUGAUCUUCCUACCUGUGAUCUUUUGGGUGUUUGAUAACUUGUACAGCAAUGAGAUAACCUCUGUUGCUGUUGCUGUGAAUGCCAUUCGAGCUGGGUCGGAUCCUGAAGCCACAGCUCAAAAGAUUGCAGCUUUUGCAAGACAGAGUGGAGAUGAUAAGAUGAGAUCAACCCCAUUCUCAACAGCUGCCCAAAAAGCUGGUUUUCGUUAUUCUGUGUGUGUAUGAUUGAUGAAUGUAAUUGUAAAUCUUAAUGAAAUAAAAAAAAAAAGUUGAAUGGUGUUU